CGGCUCCGGCUCCUUGACAAACAGCUCGGCGGCGUUGGCGGCGUUGGAGCGAGACCCGGGCGUGCGCUUGCUUCCCCGAACCCGAGCCAUGGGAGACAAGAAGAGCCCCACCAGGCCGAAGCGGCAGCCGAAGCCGGCGUCGGACGAGGGCUACUGGGACUGCAGCGUGUGCACCUUCCGCAACAGCGCCGAGGCCUUCAAGUGCAUGAUGUGCGACGUGCGCAAGGGCACCUCCACCCGAUCCACAUUCUUUGAAGUUAUUGUGAAUGCCUCGAGGACCAAGGAAGCGUUGAAAUUUCCCAUUACAGGAAGGAAACCUCGACCUGUCUCACAGUUGGUUGCACAGCAGGUUACGCAGCAGUUUGUGCCCCCUACACAGUCAAAGAAAGAAAAAAAAGAUAAAGUAGAGAAAGAAAAAAGUGAAAAGGAAACAACUAGCAAAAAGAACAGUCAUAAAAAAACAAGGCCAAGAUUGAAAAACGUGGAUCGGAGUAGUGCACAGCAUUUGGAAGUUACAGUCGGAGAUCUGACGGUCAUUAUUACAGACUUUAAGGAGAAAACCAAGUCACCUCCUGCCUCUAGCGCUGCUUCUGCAGAUCAACACAGUCAGAGCGGCUCUAGCUCUGAUAAUACAGAGAGAGGAAUGUCUAGGUCAUCUUCACCCAGAGGAGAAGCCUCAUCACUGAAUGGAGAGUCUCAUUAAAGUUUAUUUUCUCCAACUUCUUAGUCACCCUAUCACAACAUGAAAGUACAUCGAUUAUGCCAAGAAGUGUCACAUUUCCAUGACAAGCAUACUCAUGCACAGCCCACCGUUUGAGUUUGACAUACAAAUAGAAAUUUGUUAGAGCCUGUUAGAUUUUUACUGCAAGCAUUUCCAGAUUAAACAUUUUGGUCUCCACAGUUAAAGGUGCCAUGAAAAUGUGGUUGAAUUAUUCAUUAUGCAGUGUUAUUGGUAAGUCUAUUUUCACUUUUAGUUUAGUGAAUUCUAGCACAUCAUUUAAAUUCUCUAUUGGCAUGUAACAGUAAAAAUUUUAUAACAUAGUGCAAGCUGCCUAAAUAUGUAUUAUUUGAGAAUUGUGAAAUAAAUAGUUAUAUGUAUUCAAGUUAAAGAUCAACUUAAUCAACUAUUGCUGCAACAGGAUUUUCUCAGUGGUUAUCCUCUUAAAGAAAUACACCUGCUGGUACUUGGUGUGGUUAAAUAGGAAAAUUGUUAUUAAAUAAAGAAUUUGUAUAAGC